AAUGCUUCUAGUUCAAGUAGGAAUUCAAAUAUUACUCAUUUUACCAUUAUGUGUUGUUGGUCUUCUUUUAUCAUUUCCUAAUAUUUAUCAACCAACAGCAAGUUUUUACUCGAUUUUUUAUAUUUGUCGAGUUAUAUUUCAUAUCUCUUAUGCAACACCAUUUUUCUUAUACGUUCUUUCGGCUCGUACAUUUAGAAAAGGAUUAAUUGAAUUAAUUUUUAAAUUAUUAUCAGCAAAUCAUCACAAUCGUAUUCAUACAAUGAGACGUACUGGUGUACCAACAGACGUACAAAUAAAUACAUAUCUUAAUGAGACUCAUUUAUAA